AUGGACUCGCUAACCUCGGAGGUACAAACCGAGUCGAGAGCCGCGAGGAAACCCCAACGCACUCGAGUUCUUCGAACAUAUGGAAAACGCAUUUCAACGAAUGAACCGCUACAACCUACCCCGAAACGGCGAUGCAUUGAGAAUAUCAACACAGCUACAAUAUCGAACAAUGAGGAAAUAGAGUCGCCCUGUAAUACUAACAUUCCCUCUUCGCCUGUUUUACCUACUAUACGGCCUAUGAGAAAAGGCACGAUCAUGAGCUACUUCAAGGUGGUUUCGUCAUCAUCAUCCAGUUGCGCGCUGAAUUCAUCGAACCCGUCUUCUGAGCCAGUUGAUCCCAUAAAUACACCUCCAUCAUCCCCUCCUAUACGUACUCUACCGCGGAAGAAUCGGCGAAAACUCACUACUCGUAUAACGUCUCGAGCUGCAUCGGAAGAAUCAAACACAGAAGGGACGACAAAAAAGGAUGGAGAAGAGGAAAGAAAUGAUGGUGUCGAUAUUGGGUCUAUGUUGUCCACCGACUCACCACACACUCUAUCCGAGGUUUCCUCGGCAACACUCAACCUACCGGCCACAGAACAAAAUAUUCAGCCAGACACCAAGAAACGCGAAUGGAGCAUAAAGAAGGUUUCCAAACCCGCCACAGUACAGACGACGUUAAGUCUUUCAAUCGAGGAUAAAGGAUUCAUUGAAUGCAACGAAUGCAAUAUGCUAUACAACCCUCUACACAAGCAAGAUGCGAAAUGCCAUGCCAGGCGUCAUGCAGCAAUGCUGAAGGCGAAGUCGAGUAUCUAUGACAAUAACGAAAUCCUGGAUUGA